GCUGGCGUUUCGGCUGCAGUUGGCCCCACAAUCUGGGUCUAAACCCUUGAGGCUUGAGAAAAAGAGGAGAGCUUGGCAAUCAUCAGCCGCAAUGCAAUUUUGUCGUGACCAGUUCCCCUUGAAGUUGCAACUUCAAGCAGCUCUGUAUUGUCGAGAAAAGAGAUCCGUCUCCUCCUGAGCAGCAGCAGAGUGAAGAAGUCUUGCGGAUUAGGUGCGGAUUGAUGCGGGGAAGGUCCAGGAAGGGUGCUACCGCCGCCCUGGUUGCUGUUGUCCUUUUAAUCGGACAGGUCGACUUCUUGCAAACAGCUGAAACUGAGCUGUCAUUGAGAGUCUGGUCAAAUAUAGGCUCGUUGUGGACUUUGAAGCGGCGCCAACAAUUGUUCUGAGAAGACCAUCCGCUUUUUCAAUCCGGAGGCGCUAGUUAGCUUUACCAAGGGGUUUUGAAAGCAGAAGGCUUCUUCAAUCAGAUGUAGUUCGCUGGUCCUGCGCAACGCCGGAAAACUAAGAUAGAUUGUUGGAAGUCGGCAUCUUGUCGGCAGUGUUCCUUAGUAUUGUUCGUUUCUAUUCCUAGAAGUGGUACACUAGUGCACCUUACCCCUAGUCAUUCAGGGUUUUGGGUGGAUAAGAACCAAAGCACUCGCCUAGGAAGGACCGCCGGAGCUUGGCUCAAGACGCAGCAAUGAUUGCUCUCCGGCAGGCCUCUUCUCGGGGCCUUUUCACACCGCAAUUGUGGCGUCCUGCAUGGGCGUCAGUGGUGAACCCCGACGCAGCGGCCGCCUUGGUUGCACCUGACCCUGCAGCUUCCGAAACCCCCUCACAGUCAACAGAAACCCCGGCCGCUGCGCCUGUCCUCGACUCUCUGCAAAGCAAACCCUCCCGACCACUGCCCUCCCGACACAUGGCCUCCUUCCUUAGCUCGUCCUUCUCAGCCCCCCACCAUAGGUCGGUAGCGCACUUCCACUGUACAGCGUACGCUCGAGCAGAGGCCGCCGAGCAGCGGACGCCGCCGAGCGAACGGGUAGAGCGCAUCGCGAACGACAUUGUGCAGUUGAACCUUUUAGAGGUGGCGGACCUCUCGGAGCUGCUUCGGGCCAAGCUAAAGAUUACGGAGAUGCCGAUGGCUGCGGGCAUGAUGGGGGGCGGAGGGGGUGCAGCGGGGCCCUCGGGGGGCGCCGCCGCGGCGGCACCGGAGGAAGCAAAGGAGGAGAAGUCGGUGUUUGAUGUGAAACUGGAGAAGUUUGACGCGCCGAACAAGAUCAAGAUUAUCAAGGAGGUACGGGGGAUGACGAGCCUGGGGCUCAAGGAAGCGAAGGACCUGGUUGAGAAGGCGCCGGUCGUUAUCAAGGCGGGUGUAAGUAAGGCGGAAGCAGAAGAGAUCAUCAAGAAGUUGCAAGCAGUUGGGGCCACGUCAAAGAUGGAGUGAUAGAGCCGUCAGUCGACCGCUGCCACAUCUUAGACGCCCAAAUCAUCUUCAGUCGUCAGUCAAUUUACAAGAGGGGAUCCAUUGAGCUCCAAUUUAUAUCUGCAAGAAGAUGCUUGCAAGCCGGAACCAAUACCUGGUACAUUAAAGCGCUCCUUCUAUGCUGCGAGCUUGUCACGGGGCAGGUACGGCACUCAGUUAUAUGAUACUUCAAACCAAUGCUUUGCGCUGACUUCAAAGGCCGU